AUGGGUGUUAUGCUUCAAAUGAUGCAACGAGCGACGUUGUGCUUCGUUCUCGAAACCGGACUUGUCAAGCCUUCCCGCACCCGAAUCAUCCGAUGCUGGCAUCCCUCAGAACCCACGAUCCUUGCUUUUGGCCAACCUCCAUGUCGAACAAAUGGUUCCGCGACAACACAGAGUUGUUUCUUGUUUCGGCUACGAGCCUACAAAUUGUGCGAGGACGCGCCCAUACGGACCGCUGAAUUUACAUUGCUGCUGAGAGUGUUUGUGGCUUGGAAUUUGCACGGAGCACUAAACUACGGAGUACCGAAGAUAACUUCAUCCGAUGACCACUCUCGCUGCGGGUCACACUCGCCCAAUGCUGUGCAAACAUCUGAGACAUGUGCAGUUCAGGAAUACAAUGGAAUACAACCCACCUUUCAUUCAGCGGAAUUUUGCAGCAACAGGUCAAUCCUUGAUCCACCGGCUAUGAUCCUCUCAGCGGCAUUGCUACAGAAGUCUGGAGCCAGGCGGCGGCGACACUGCUCUCAACCUCAGACGUCGAAUCGCCUAGACUCAGCGUCCACCGCAGUCAUUCCCUAA